CUCCAAGUGGCCGGGGCCACGAGUCGCGGAGCCUCUCCUACCAGCGGGCCGGGGACCCCCGCCGCGCCCCGUGCAGACGGCCUGGCGCUCGCCUUGGAGCCCGCCGGGGGCGCCGCCAACUUCUUGGCAAUGGUGGACAACCUGCAGGGCGACUCUGGCCGCGGUUACUACCUGGAGAUGCUGAUCGGGACCCCUCCGCAGAAGCUACAGAUUCUCGUGGACACUGGAAGCAGUAACUUUGCUGUGGCGGGUGCACCUCAUCCCUACCUAGAGUCAUACUUUGACACAGAGAGGUCUCGCACGUACCGCUCCAAGGGCUUUGAUGUCACCGUGAAGUAUACCCAAGGGAGCUGGACAGGUUUUGUCGGGGAGGACAUCGUCACCAUCCCGAAAGGCUUCAAUAAUUCUUUUCUUGUCAACAUUGCCACUAUUUUUGAGUCAGAGAACUUCUUUUUGCCUGGGAUUAAAUGGAACGGGAUACUUGGACUAGCCUAUGCCACCCUGGCCAAGCCAUCAAGUUCUCUGGAGACUUUCUUUGAUUCUCUCGUGACACAAGCGAAGAUCCCCAACGUCUUCUCCAUGCAGAUGUGUGGGGCGGGAUUACCUGUCGCUGGAUCUGGUACCAACGGAGGUAGUCUUGUCCUGGGUGGAAUUGAAUCAAGUUUGUAUAAAGGAGAUAUCUGGUAUACCCCUAUUAAGGAGGAGUGGUAUUAUCAGAUAGAAAUUCUGAAGUUGGAAAUUGGAGGUCAAAGCCUUAACCUGGACUGCAGAGAGUACAAUGCGGACAAGGCCAUCGUGGACAGCGGCACCACACUGCUGCGCCUACCCCAGAAGGUGUUUGAUGCAGUGGUUGAAGCUGUGGCACGCACGUCUCUGAUUCCAGAAUUCUCUGACGGCUUCUGGACCGGAUCCCAGUUGGCAUGCUGGACGAAUUCUGAAACCCCUUGGUCUUACUUCCCUAAAAUCUCCAUCUACUUGCGAGAUGAGAACUCCAGUAGAUCAUUCCGUAUCACUAUCCUGCCUCAGCUGUACAUCCAGCCCAUGAUGGGGGCUGGCCUGAAUUACGAAUGUUAUCGAUUUGGCAUCUCCCCUUCCACGAACGCACUGGUGAUCGGUGCUACAGUGAUGGAGGGCUUCUACGUCAUCUUUGACAGAGCACGGAAGAGAGUUGGCUUCGCAGCAAGUCCUUGUGCAGAGAUUGCAGGUGCUCCAGUGUCUGAAAUUUCUGGGCCUUUUUCAACAGAUGACAUAGCCAGCAACUGUGUCCCUGCCCCAUCUUUGAAUGAGCCCAUUUUGUGGAUCGUCUCCUAUACUCUCAUGAGCGUGUGUGGAAUUAUCCUCCUUGUCUUAAUCAUCCUGCUGAUACUCCCGCUUCGGUGUAGGCAUCACGCCCGUGACCCUGAGGUCGUCAACGAUGAGUCCUCGCUGGUCAGGCAUCGCUGGAAAUGAAGAGCCAAGCCUGAACUCACGCAGCCUUGAACUCAGCUAUUAAAGAGUAACACUUCCAGGGCAGCAGGACUGAGAAACGAGGCAAGGCCUCCUCCUGUGUCCUUGGUCUUAAAUCUGUUCUGCUCCCAGAUGCCUUCCAGAGUCACUGUAUUUUGAUUCCUGAUUUUCUAGCUUCCAAUUCUUUUCUACUUCCAAGAAAAAUUAUAAUAAUAAUAAUAAUAAAAAAAAAACACCUCAUUCUAAACCAAAACAGACUGAAUUGGGCUUCAGGCUUUUGGAACUGGUCAUGCCAAACUUCUAGGUGUAACACAUAAAAAACAAAAAGCAAAGUAAGCCUCAACUAGUUCUCUUCUCUCUCUGAUCACUGGAAUAGUGAGUGUAUAUAAUUGAUAACCCCUCUCAGAAGCUUUUACUAUUAAUGGUAUUUAAGGGUAUUUUGUGCCAGGUCUCAACCUGGGUCAGAGUGAUACAAGGAGGCUCCUGAUGUGAUGGAGGGAGAAGCAGCCUGGGACCUGAUAUCUGCAUCCACCCCCUCUGAUGUGGGGAUAGAGCGGCGGCCCCUCUGUGUCUCUCUGGGUUCUAAAUGGGGGCCAGAAUCCACUAGGACAUCUUCACACAACAGGAGAGUGUUCUCACCAGCCUCUUCUGAAAUGGAAGGCCUUUUGCCCUUCGAGGAAGAGUGGGAAGAAAAACCUGCUCUUUUGUACCCAAUACUUCUGUAGUAUUGUUGGUGUAAACGAAAAGAAAAAAAAAAAAAAAACUACCUCUUUUGAGACUUUUCCCAGGGUCCUGUGCCUGGGUGGGGGUACAGGCAGCCUGAUUCCAGCCAUGGCCCUCACCCAUAAGAAUCCUCAUCCCAACAGGUGAGACAUAACUGGUGCUUAACCACGCAUCUGACCAGAGAAGUUCUGCCACCAAGCUGGUCGUUAGCACUUGCGUUUACUCUUACUUCAAAUUAAUGUAGUGUUUUCAUUGGGAACAUAAAUUCGAUUUCACUAGAUUGGUGGUUUCUUUUACCAGUUCUUUGGAAGUAGAUUGACUGUCAUCAUCUUGAGAAAUAAAAGCUCAUACUUCUGCCUGACCAUUGGGGAAGAUGCAAGACAUGAAAAGGACCUGGAAGGAACUACUUCUCCCCGUGCUUUGAAGCUGUGUGCUUCCCUGUUCAGAACCCCCUAGAUGAAGCAUACCCAUCUCAAGUAGCUUAACCAACCUGUCUAGCAAUCGAUCUGUGAUUUCUUUCUUUUGGCGUGCUCAAUCUUUGGUGACAGGUAUGCAGCUGUGUCCUUCUCUGGGAAAAAUCCCACUUGCUAUCACUAUUUGAGGCCUUUGCCAAAUACAAGAGGAAGCCUGUAAGUCCUGUGUAGCCAGCUUCACAUCUGAAGCAGACGAUCUGGAGCAGGGUUCAAAGCCAUUUUGCCUGGUCUCACUCGUGUGCCAAGUUCAGUGUUCACUUAGCAUUGUUAUUUGGGUGAGCUGGAGAAACAGUAAAAUUCUGCCAGCAGUGAUGAGGCCCCCUCUGCAGGACUGUCAUUUAUGAGAUGUUUCAGCCAUCUGCUCUGCUUCUUGGGCCCCCUGGUCACCUCCAAAUGGAGAAACGGGGGCCACUUAGGCAUGUCAUGGUGUCCUCGCACACUCUCCAGCAGCCAGAAGAAACUUCAGUGAGAAUCUCAUGAGAGAUUUGAAUUGCAUCUUAGAAGGAAUAUGAGAGUGUCGAAUGGGAAGUGAAGAUUCUGUUACUCAGAUGCUCAUUACCAUUCUGGUCUCAGCUAGUUAGGGCUAAUCAUUGCAAAGUGCAAUUCCCAGCCAGAAAUCUCUGAAAGUCGGGAGUUUGCUUCAUGUCCUGUUGACUUUUCCAUUGGUUCCUGUUUCGGGGGCCACUUUGCAUAGAAAUGAAGCCAGCACUUCUAGACUGUGCCUUCUCCUGGCUGUGAAAAAUCCAAACCCUUCAAGUAAAAGGAGGGAAUUGCAGGUGUGACCCAGUUAGCUGUGCUGCUUAUUUCUUUACCCAGGCAUCUUCUGUGCCACUGUAUUGUGUGAGGUUUCUGAGGUAGGGUGGCUUCCACUGAGGCAGAUUAGCAGGCACUGUUCUCAGAGUACAGGAUAAUAACAGGGUAGGUAUCCAGGUAGGGUUGUUGAGUGAAGUUUGCUAAACGACCCUGCAUUUCAGAUCAGAUUUCUUUACCUUUUCAUCUCAAAUGUUACCGAAUGUGACAUUUUAAUGGAAAUACCUAAGUUACAAAAGCAUAACUUAGCAACAAGAAUGAAAUAGACAAUUGAAGACGGGACAUUUUCCUGGCAUUUUUUUGCUGAAAAUUGGACUUUGAGUCAAAACCUUGUUAGUGACACCCACCUCCUGAGUUACAUAAAUUGAUACUUAGCUUGGCAAACUUUCAAGGAGGUUUGCUUUGAAGGGGAGAGGAAGUAGCAACUGAGUUGUCAUUUGUACUUUGUAAUACACUGUGGAAAAUGUGGGGCCCUUGCCUGAAAAAUACAACUUUCAAUUAAGUUGUUGUCAUGACCUUUGUCAGCUCUCAAAUGGGAAAUGGAUGCUUCCACAAUAUUAUUUUAAAUAAGAUAAUGCUUUUUAUUCUUGAUAACUGAUUUGGAAGUCUGAAAUGAAAUCUCGCCUUUGGUAACUGAAACUGAAACUGUUUAUUAAAAAGAGCAAGAAGCAAGAUGGA